AUGGCCUCGACGCCCCAGGUUACUGUACCGUUCUUCAGGAAAAAGGGCCGGCCGACAACCACUCGCAAACGGUCUGCCUCACCUCCAGCGACCGCGCUGACUGUUCCUGUGCCCUCGUCUUCCAAAUCAGAGGUUGUGCUGCCCUCGCGGAAAACAACGGCGAACCUCCUCAGUGCAGGAACGAAGCGGACUGCAUCCCAGCGGCAACAAGACGAGUACGGCGAUGAAGAGCCCGAGAAGGAGGGGCCGGACGUGAAGUGGACUUCCGCGGGGUCGCAUAUGAACGCUGCGCUGGAGAUCCUCCAGGGCGACGAAGCGGCGGAGAUCCUCGCGAAGCGACAGCGGAAGGAUAAGGGCGACGAGGAGGAGGACAUGCCCGACGACGGGAUGUACAGGGGACAGAAGGCAUAUGCGAACCACAUCAAGAAGAACCAGGACGUUCCGAAGGCGAUGCGCGUAGGCCCGCAGAGGGCGUCGGGGAGCACGAUCCGCACUGUGACGAUCAUCGACUAUCAGCCGGACGUGUGUAAGGAUUAUAAAGAGACGGGCUACUGCGGCUAUGGUGAUACGUGCAAGUUUUUGCAUGACCGUGGGACCUAUCUCGCCGGCUGGCAACUCGACAAGCUCGCUGCUGACCCGAAACGACAAGUCGAGGACGUCUCAGAUAGCGACUCCGACGACGAAGACAUUCCCUUUGCAUGUCUCAUCUGUCGAAAGGCGUACACUGACCCGGUCGUGACGCGCUGCGGGCACUAUUUCUGUUCGGCCUGCGCCAUCAAGCGCUUUGCGAAGACACCCAAAUGCGCGGCGUGCGGUGCACCCACGGCCGGCAUCUUUAAUCGCGCCGACAAGGUCAUCGAGAAAAUGAGAAAGAAGCGCGGGGACGACGAGGCCGACGAGGCUGGCGACGCCAAUCAGGCCGAAGGUGUCGAAAUUGAAGGGCUACAGCAGCAGGGAAGCGACCAGGAUAGUGGAGAUGAGGAGGACGACAAAUGA